AUGAGCCCUGCUCAAGACGGGCUGGGUGAUAAGCCUCUGCAAGAGGUCACAUACACCAUCCUGUUUGGAUCAGAAUGGCCAGCUGUGAUUGCCACUCCUCCUUUGGGUGGUAUACUUGUUGAAGAUGUCACAAUGGCUGCUGUUCUUCUCACACUUGCACUUGAGGAAUUGGCACAUAUAGUGGUGAUGGCACCCCAACCACGUCCUCCUACCCAGAAUCUUCUUAGCAGCAAAAUCUUCAAGUAUAUUCAAUCAGCACUGCAGGCAUUCAGAGACGAGCAUGAAGGGGAAUGGAUCCAGUUCAGCAACACUUCAGUUACCCUCUCGGACCAUUGGACUGCCUAA